AUGCUCUUAUGCUUUUUUUAAACUUAAAGAUAAAAUGAACAAUUUCUAUUAUAAAAGGAAUCAAUUCAAAAUAAUAGAGAUAUAUUUGAGAAAUAAUUAAAAAAAAUUGAACUUGACUACCUAAUGAAGUAAGAUUUCAUAUUUGUGAUUGAAGCUUAACUCAAAGUAAUUAUAAAUAAUCACACUAAUCAUGAAAAAUUAACAUGA